UCGCAGGAGAUUACAUGAGAUGGGCUUUAUCAUCUAUGGGAACAAUGACUCCCCUGUUGUACCCUUGAUGCUCUACAUGCCAGCUAAAAUCGGAGCAUUUGGGCGGGAGAUGCUGAAGAGGAACAUUGGGACAGUGGUGGUUGGGUUCCCUGCUACACCCAUCAUUGAGUCCCGAGCUCGUUUCUGUGUUUCUGCCGCCCACACGAGAGAGAUGCUCGACACAGCUUUAAAUGCCAUCAGUGAAGUUGGAGAUCUACUCCAGCUGAAAUACUCCAGAAAAAACAGACAUGGGAGUGAAGGAACUGACCUUUUUUCAUAUCUGGAGAGCCACCAGGACUAGCACUUUGUCAUGAUGGACUGAAGUAUCCUUCUUCCCUCCCAAAGGGAUUUAUGUCAUACUAAAGCAUCAUUUUCAUGUUGAUUAAUUUCAGUGGUAACUCAUUGAAGCCCACCAACUGACCGAAUUUCAAGUCUUACCUUUGGGUUAAGUAACCAAUAUUAAUUUCAUCGUGCAAUAUCAAAAGACUCCACAUCAUUGUGUUCAGCAUUAGAAAUGACACAGGAUAAAAGUUAAUGCCUUGGUGUCAGGGCUAAUUUAUCCUUCUACACAGUCUGAAAAAAAUGAGAGUACACAAAAUGAUUUUCUGAUAUUUUAUACAAAUAUGAUCAGUGUUUCUGUCUUGUUUUCCAUUAAAAUAUGUUAAAUAAGAUGAAUUCACUUAGGGUUAAGGUUAGAUAAUAGUCUUUUUACUCCAUUUGCAAACAAUGUUUUUAAUACAUUUAGUAAGAUUUGCACUUUAAACGAAAAAAAAAAAAAAAAACAACAAUACGCCAAUGGAGGACAAUAAACUUAAUUCAAGACAUAUAUUGUCUGAGAAGUCUUAUUAUAUUACAGAUUUACUUUCAAACUAGUAAAGAUUUAAGCAAAAUUGAAGGAUAUUUAGAUUUUUACUACGAACAAGACAGAAAUCCUGAUUAAGAAAAUGAUUUUUUCAGUGUACAGGAAAACAGUGACCCCCACACUGGCAUAUAUUUAAAGAAAUCUACUUAUGAAGGACAGAAAUGAUUAUAAACUUAGAAAAUUAGAAUGUGACUUCAUAUCCAGAUGAAUGUAUCUAUAAAAAAUAUUGACAUAUAUUUAUUAAUGCACAUUGCAGUGUGUCUGCAUUUAACUUAUAGCUUUGCGUAAGUCCACAAAUCUUCAAAUAUCAAAUUGUAUUUAUUAAUUUUUUUUCCACAAUGCAAAUAUCACCACGUAGGUAAAUCAGCGAUGUCUUAAUGAACUUGUCCAGAGGAAUAUUAACAACAUUCUCUGUUUUGUUUCAUCAGAACUUUCCAGUAUGGAAAAUUAUGAUGAUGUUUUCUGUAUUUUAAUUUGAGUUGUGGUACUUUCCACGAAUAGGGUACAGUUUGGUGUCCCUUAUUUGUAUCCCUUUUUUUUUUUUUUUAGUUUAGUAAGCACUAGAGGAACAAAGCCCAUUCAUUAGCCCAUACAUCUCCAAACAUUAUUUCGACAGUUUGUAGUUUUUCAUUUAAUAUUUAUUGAUAAAUAGAAAAAAUAACAAUCACAUAAAUCCUGGGUCUGUUGAACUGUAUUUACACAUGUCCCAAAUUUUGGUAAUAACGUUUUAAAAACUGCAAACCUCAUAAACAUAACAUUAAUAUUUAGUUUGACAUUUUCUGAAGGUUAUGCCUUACACUCACCAUCUGUUUAAAAAUGCAUCUUUUCCCCAUCAUUUCAGGACUUAAUUUGUACUCUAUUUUUGGAAGGUGCCUUUACUUCUUAGCCAGGGCAUUUCACAAAGGCAGAAAUCUUCAUUGAGCCAACAGAAAUCGACUGACAUUGUUCAAUGUUCAACGUUUCAUUCUUUAUGUCUGCUGUUAACACACAGCAUUGAAAAUGUUUGUUGCCUUUUGUAUUGUUAUAUAGUUGCUUUUUGAUUUGCUCAUUUUAAGAGAUCUUUUUUAAGAAUUUGUGUUCUUCUAACAAAAGUGCUAAAUACGGGUCACUGAUAUGAUAUGAAAUGAGCUCUUGUCUGUAUGUAUGAUGAUGUGGCUUAUGAAUGCCUGUCGGAUGUACAUUUCUUUUCACCGUAAUGUUUUUUUUUUUUCUCCAUUCCCUAUUGUGUUUUUUGAGUCUUGUUCUUAAUCUGAAAGGCAGCUCUAAUUAUGUCUCUAAAAGCAGACAUAUUUAAGUGGGAUUAUAUGAUCUCAGAGCUACUAAUGACUGUUAAGAGAUGCAGAUAUGACGUCGGCACACUGGCUUUAAGCAGCCUGUAUAAAUGCAAGUAAUGCCACUGAGCUGCAUUUGACUGUGAAACCAAAGGGCAUUCCACAGUUUUUCUUUGUUUGUUUCUUAUACAUUUUGAGUUGCAUUUUUUUUCAUCAGAAAUCACAUUUGUCGCACUUCUCCAUGCAAGAAACUGAAAUUCGUUGAACGUGACUGAUCAUUUGUUUCUGAAGAUAAUUAAAUAACUUAUAUUGAA